AUGGUAAAUGACUGGGCAUCUAUUGAACCAUCUCCGGAUCUCAAGUGGACUCCUUGCUUCGACAACUUCACAUGCGCACGGCUCCAGGUUCCCUUGGAUUACGGGGAGCCAACACGGGGAACUACAGCGAUUGCCUUCAUUAAACUUGCUGCUGCAAACGUGACACAAAACACGCAGAAUCUGCUAAUUAACCAAGGUGGCCCUGGAGGGCCUGGAGUCGAGCUCGUACUCCAGGGAGGAUCAAGUCUGGCCGAGGCUCUGGGAUCGCAGCAUAACAUUGUCGGCUUCGACCCCCGAGGAGUCGGGCAAAGUGGUCCUGUGGUGGACUGCUGGCCGAAUCACCCGGAGAAACGCGCCCAGUUCGAGAAACUUUUCUACCCCGACGUCUCUCACGCUUCAUCGACUGCCCUGGACACACAGUACUACGCCGCGGAAAUUUUUGGCAAAGCGUGUACUGAAAAUGCUGGAGGACCCAAUGGGAAUGCCUCGUUCAUCAGCACGCCUGCCGUGGCUCAUGACCUAUUCACCUACAUCAACGCCGAGCAGAAGUUAGCUGGAAAGCCGCUGAACGAGUCCAAGAUCUCUUACUUUGCCGUGAGCUACGGGACCGUGUUGGGUACCACAUUCGCGUCUCUCUACCCUGACCACGUGGGCAAGAUGGUUCUCGAUGGUGUGGUUGAUGCAUCGGACUACUAUAAUCUUGGCUGGAGAGCCAAUCUCUACGACUCGGAUGAAGCCCUCGACUCAUUCAGCAAAUACUGCUUCCAGGGUGGGGCUACAAAUUGUUCGUUCUGGGGCCCAUCUGUUCACAACAUCACCAGCCGCUUGAACGGGCUCCUGGCCAACCUGAAAUACCAUCCAGUGCCGAUUCCAAGCUCGAACGCUUGCGAUAUCCCUUUGAUGGCAACUUAUUCCGAUUUGAAAGAGUACAUUCUCAGUGCAAUGUAUACUCCGCUAUUGAAUUUCCCAGUACUAGCCGAUGUUCUUUCAGGUUUGGAACGAGGCAACACUUCGGCAUACGUCGCCGCAGUAACAGAUGGCUUCUUGCCCGCAAACCCGUGCAAUAACGGCAGUGGAAAGAACGGGACGACUGAUGUGAACACGCUGAUCAAAUGCGUGGAUGGUUAUUCUGGGCAUAAGUUCGAGAAUCUGACUGAUUAUCGAAACUAUGUCGACACAUUAACUUUGCAAAGUCGUUUCUUUGGCGAGGUAUGGCCCAACAACGCGAACGGAAUUCUAUGCAGAUCUUUUGAUGCGAAGCCGCCAAAAUCCGGACAGCUUCCAGGCUCCAUUUUGGAAACUCGAAAGACCUCGUUCCCCAUCCUAUUUGUCACAGCCGAGACUGAUCCCGUCACUCCAAAGAAAGGUGCAUACAAAAUGUCGUCGGUCUUCCCUGGAUCUGUCGUUUUGACACAGGCAUCAGUUGGCCAUACUGCCAUUGCGAGCUUCUCAUCGUGCUAUCUGAAGAACGUUCAGAUGUACCUCAAUGGCCAGCUUCCUGCAGCGAACACAACCUGCCAGCCGGAUGUGUUGCCAUUUCAAGGUUCAGCUUCGUUGUCUUUUGGAAGGUAA